GCCAAUUAUCCCAACCAUCUGUUGCUUCUGUUGCUUUUUUUGGCACUUUGUUCAGAAGUCGAAAUAAUGCUUUGUUUACAUUUUACUACUUUUAUGACUCACACUUAUACAUUCAGCGCUACUUUCUUCAUGUGAAAAGCAUCUGGCGUGCUCUAAAACCAUUACCGAACCGUUGAAAAACUUCAUGUUUGACAUUUCUAAAGAUGGGAAACACCAGCCUUUGAGAUAUGUGUUUACAUUUAUUUUCAUUAUACACAUUUAAAACAAUGGUAUAUAAGAGUCGUUGAAAUGGUGUAACCAGCUACGAAAAAAAUGAACUAAAAUUAAAUCUUUGCCUAUGGCCUUACACGAUGUAGGAGCAUCAAAUUUGAGGGACUUAGCAGACUACAAGAAAUGUGGAAACCUACACGAGAAAAGACAUGGGAAGUUUAACAAAUUAGUUCGUGGUAAAUGGUGUCCGUGUUUUUUAAUCGUAUCUAGAAUAAGUAAGACAUCUCCUUCUUGGGCAUUGUUCUGUUACCAUGAUCAAUUUUCAACACGAGCACAUCACGUUUUUAUUUUGAGAGAAUGUGAAAGUGUCGAUGAUUAUAAGAGUGAAGAUGAACCAAUCAUAGGAUUUUGUGUCACAUUCAUAGACAAACAACGUAAGAUGCUGAUUUUUGCCUGUCCAUCAAAAGAGUCAAAGGAGAUUUGGAUGCAGGCUUUGCGGUCAGGGAUCACAGAAAGUCAAAGUUGCUCAGCGGACAGUGGCAUUUCAAGUGGAGGAUCUUUGAUGAUGGACCCUGUUUCAAAUACAUACGUUACCGAAUCAACAAUCAGACAGAGCAGAUAUGGCUUAUACGAAGACAUGGAUCAAUUACCAGUUGGUACAGUAGAUCAAGAGAAGCCAAGUAAACACGGUGCUGAAUAUAAACCUGAAGCUGACGCAAAUUCCCCUAAUACACAACGAUAUCAAAGACAGGAAGCAGUUGAAAUGGCGUCGAUAGGUGGAAAGAAAGACAAGAGUCAUAAACAUACAGGCAGGGAACAAAAAGUUCAUUCUGAAUCACACUACUACGAUUAUAAUUCACAAGAUGAACAUAGAAUGGAAAAACAAAAAAUGACACAAGAAGAGCAAAAUUCAACCGAUAGAUUUGACUUCUUGUCAGUAACCGCACCAUUGCCUAGCACGGAAAAUACCCAAAGCGGUGGAACACAAGAAACAUCUCAUAUUGGAGGUGAUGAUAACACCUGUGUAAAAACUAUGGCCGUACCUGACGAAUUCGACUCGAACGAAAAUUAUGAGAACUUGGUAUUUAACAGAGAUCAAAAGAAAUAGCACAGCUGACAAGAUUGCUGGGGGAAUGAAGCCGAAAAUGUAUGGAUGCCAAACAGUUCACUUAGAACUUAAAUUCCCGUGGUUAUAAUAUUUUCUCAUGGCUAUUCGUCUCUUAUAAUAAGCUAUUUAUUAUAAUUACAAAUACACAAAAAAGUCAUUGACAAGCAUAAAGCUCUUUAAAGAAACAGUUGAUGUUUCAAGGGAAUCAUUGCAGACAAAUGUUGUGAAAAUAAAUGACAGCCUAUAAGAGCGAAUUUAUUUUUUUCAAUUAAUUAAGCUACAGAAAACAAAACAUUGUAAAUGUGCAGGAUUGACUACAUUAUAAAAAUAUAAAUUCAAAUUUGUCAAUAAUCUGUAGCAAAGUUCUAAAAUGCAGGUGACUAGUUAUCUACAAAGAUAAAAAAACAUAAAGCAUAUCAUGUAAUAUAGUUUAUACUUUUCUUAUAAAUGUUACCUUCCACUUCCAUAUUUACUAGUAUAAGUAAAUGUAUUAUACAAAUUGAAAUAUAAAUACGUGUAUUUCUUAUAAAAUGUUUAUGUAAUAAACAUAAAUGUAAAUUAUGUUCAUAUUGAUGCGCAUGUGCUUGUAAAUAUUUAUUUUUCACUGUUAUGAAUUAAGAAAGAAAUACUAUCUAUCUAUAUAAGCAAAUGAAAUUGCAACAUUUGCAACACAAACUUAAGAAGACUGUCAUGAGAUAGGCUUUUUCUGUUUUGCCAUUGUGAAUGUUUAUCAUAAUACACAUGUAUUACUAA